AUGUAGAGCUGGGAGACCAGCUCCUCCUCCUUCACUCAGGAGACGAAAUUGCCAUUAUCCCCCCCAUUAGUGGAGGGUAGUGCUUUUGAACUAUCUAGAAAAGAUAUGGACAAAGUUGAAGAGACAUCUAAAGAUAUAAUAAAAUUUACUGCUGAGAAACUUUCUGUGGAUGAUGUCUCCCAGUUAGUGACAUCUCCUCUCUGUGGGGCAAUAUCCCUGUUUGUAGGGACUACAAGAAAUAACUUUGAAGGAAAAAAAGUCAUUAGCUUAGAAUAUGAAGCAUAUCUACCAAUGGCAGAAAAUGAAAUCAGAAAAAUUUGUAGUGACAUUAGGCAAAAAUGGCCAGUCAAGCACAUAGCAGUGUUCCAUAGACUUGGUUUGGUUCCAGUGUCUGAAGCAAGCAUAAUUAUUGCUGUGUCCUCAGCCCACAGGGCUGCAUCCCUUGAAGCUGUCACCUAUGCCAUUGACACUUUAAAAGCCAGGGUGCCCAUAUGGAAAAAGGAACUAUAUGAAGAAUCAUCAUCAUCUUGGAAAAGAAACAAAGAAUGCUUUUGGGCAACCAACAGUUAAUCACUUAUGUUUUUUCGAGCACUACAUCUUAAAUUUAGUAAAGUUCUAUUGUUGAUCACAUUUUGAUCUUUCUUCUCCACAGUUUACUGAAGUUUACUGAAGCACAGGUUAUACCUGUGGGACAAAUGACAAAAAAGAAAGCAAAAUAUGUGGGUAUGUAGUAUGAGGGAUUACUUGGGGCUAGCAAUAGGGAAGAACCGUGAUAAUUGAGAGAUGUCUGUGGAGAUAUAUCAUAUCCCUUUAUGACUAAUUUUCAAUUGAAACUCAAAUCUCAUUGAAGUAUGGCCCCCUCCUCACUACUUCCAUGCCAUUGCAUUGAUGGUGUUAAUAUCAGGGUGUAUUUUGGAAAUAUUGGUCGAACUGGAAAGUCAUUGUCAGUUUUGAUAUUGUAUGUUAUAUAUUUUCAGAACAUACAUAUUUUAAAAAAAUAAACCUAAAUAAACCCAUGAUUUUCAAAAGUAAAAAAAUAGUACUUUUUUGUUUUUAAAAAUUAAAUAAUACCUAAAAUAUUUUAUAUUGCAAAGACUUUUAGUAUUUUGGAAUCUGUAAUUAUACCAUAAUAUUCUGUCUUAUUAGUUAUUAAUAUUUGUUAAUAUACAAAUCAAUAUAAAAUUAUUGAACCUAACUACCAGCCUAACUAGCAACACCUCAUUGGUUUGUGUCAAUAUGUUAGUUGAUUUUUAAAAUUUGACCCAUAGCUAUUUAAACAAAUUAUAUUAAGAAAAUUAAUGUAAGAGAAAUUAUAUGAUUAUUUGUUAAAGCAUUUUCAGAAUAGUUUUCCUUCUUAUACUAAACAAUGAUCAAAUUUUUGAUUAGUCAACCUACAUAUGGUGUUUUGAUAGAUUUGAGUAUAAAUCCCAUACAAUUUUUUUAAGAGAGAGAGAGUUUUUUAAUAUUUAUUUUUUAGUUUUCAGUGGACACAACAUCUUUUAUUUUAUUUUUAUGUGGUGCUGAGGAUCGAACCCAGUGCCCCGCACAUGCCAGGCGAAUGUGCUGCCACUUGAGCCACAUUCUCAGCCCCUCAUACAAUUUUUUAUGAAAGAUUUUCCAGCUUUAUUGAGGUAUUGCAGUUCUUAAAGUAAUAAAAUAUUGGCCUACUUUGGGCAAUGGGUAUCAUCAUAAAAUUAGCAUUUGCCUGUUAAGAACAAAAACUGUAGUUUCAGACAAUUAGGUUAAAAGUUUUCCUACUUUCUGUGACAAAAAGAAAAACCUAUCUGUUGAAAACAAUUCUUACCUAAGGAACUCAUUUAUUCAAUAAAUUCAUAUUGAAUAUCUGUUCUGUGCCAGACAUCCAUCCUUGUCUUCCAAGAAAUAUCACAAGGAAGAUUCUGCAUGUACUCUCUGGCUGGGAACUAUAAGAUAGCCACAUCCACUUUAGGAAUCUCCUGUUACUUAGCUCCUAUUCCUUGGCCUGUAUGGAGAGAGUAUGCUAGAAGGACACUGGUAAGAAAGACAAAUGUCCACCAAUUCCUCACUGGUUAGGUUAGUCUUUCUGGUCUCAGCCUUACCCUUUCAGCUCAAUGCCUUCCUCUCCUUUCCUAGAGUUGUCACCUGACCCCACUGGAGAUCAGGGUUCAGGUAUUGGAUGAAGUCAGUUGCACUGUAUCUGAAAGCAUACUAAAGUUAGUGGGCCAUUGUAGAUAUUUCUAGGAUUUACCUAUGUUGUUAACAUAAUGUUUAUUAUGUUUAAUGUAUAAUGUUAAUAUGAGAUAUAUGUAGAAGUGAAAUAUUUCACCUGGAGCAUGCUGAAUCUGAAUUUAAAAAUUUUUUUAAAGUUUUAUAAUGUAGUUGAGAUAUUAAGGGGCUGGUAUCAUUCUGACAUGUAGCCUUUGCAACUUGACUACACAACUAAUAGAAGAGUAACCUAAAACAAACAAACAAAAAAUCAGCCUUUAAGUGGAUUGCCUGCAAGGUUUUCAAGGUCACCUUGAAGCUUUGACUGAUUAGGUGAAUUCAUUCAAGAAUUGGGAAAUUCAUAUUUAUGCUCCAAGUAUUUUUAAUGGGAAAGAUUUCAUCAUAUUUGAAAGUAACAGCUGAUAUUCAAUGAGUGAAGUAUUCUGUGGAUAUUUUUGUCUUUUGAAUAUGAUGUUUAGAAUCCCAGUAUAUUUCCAGUAUUUUUUGAGAAUUGGCGAUUAAAAAGGCAGUAGCUUGGGUCUUGAUUUUGGAUCCCUGAAAAUAAACCUAUUUGAGAGUUAGAAGGUGGAUUUCUGGAUAUAUUUUGAACCUAGUUGUUUCUUCCUUUCCUUUACUACCCCUUCCAUGGUCCAGACCUCCAAUCUACUUCUUGUGAUUGUGGAUUUGCUUGGCCUGCUGAGAGUCCUGCUGCCAUGCUUCCCUCCCUAAAGUAGAUCUCUAAGGGCUUUCUCAUAGUUAACCACAUCCUCAGACCUCACAGUUCUCACCGUGGCCUGAAGUCCCGAGCAGUGGGGCCCUAGCCUGCCCCUCACCCCCCAUCUUGCUCAAAUCUUGCUGCUUUGUGGUGACUGGUGCUGGUAGAAUAUUUCUACCUUUGAGAAGUUUCAAUUGUUCUUUCUAGAUUACUCUUCCUACAGACAUCCCCAUGGUCAGCUUCCUCUCUUUAUUUCAGUCUCUGAUCAAAUGUUACCUCCCACAGAGAGUUUUUCUGGCUACCUCUUUAAAAACUGGAAAACUGUCCCCUACUCUGAUUUUUAUUUUGUUGUGGUACUUAGUGAUACUUGAUGUACUAUGUCUGCCACUCAAAUAUUUGGUGAAUGAAUUACCAGUGUUAUAUAUUCUGUCCCAAAUUAAACAUACCUGAAGCAUGUAUAAUUGUCGUAUUUUAAAAAUGUGAAAAAACAUCUGGAUAAAUUACUGAAUGGGUAGAUGAACUUGUCUUUUCCACUCCUUUUCCUACUUUUAUACCAUGACAUCUAGAAUAUUAGGAUCUCUUUUACAGCAAUGAUGAACUUUGGCUGUAGUUAGGUGUAUCAUCCAGCAGAGGGUGAUAGAGUCAGGGUAUAGUAAGAACAACUUUGAAUCUUCAGUUUUAUUUUGCAUGAAAAAGUUCAGUUUAGUGGCCAUUUUCUUUAAUGUAAGGUGGGAGUUGUCCUUCAGUGAAAAUAGGCCCUAUUUUGUGUAAGAUGAUGUCCAAUCUUUCAUUAGUAUUUUACUUUAAAAUUAAAGAGUUAUGGUAGGAUGAGAGAAGAAUUUUUUUAAAAUGCUGUUGGUAGUUUUUAACAGGUAAUAUAGAAUAAGUAAAAGGAAUUACCCUUAAAAAUGAGUAAAUAUGAGAUUAUUUUCCAGUGAACUUCAUAGGACAAAAUGAUAGCUUUAAUACAGAUCUUUGCUAACUUGCUGUGUUAAAAACUAUUAAUGCUCUCUUUUUUCUAACAUUGAAUUUAAUGUGAGAGAGAUGCCACAUGUAUUGGUAGUUGUUCUGCAGUAAAUUGUCCAUAGCUGUUUCAUUACCAUGAGGUGGUCAUGGAGGCAUGUGACAGCAUGCCUGACAGGAACAGGAGACUUCUGUGCACUGAUAUAAAUGGCAGUACAAAUGGAUGUUCUACCCAAACUCUGUACUAGUGCACCAUUUUAUGCAAUGAUGACAGUCUGUUAGACUAAUGCAUAUCUUGUUUUAAUGCUUCAGCAUAUUUAACUUUUAAAAUAAAAAUCCUUAACCCGUCCUGGUUACUCCAAAGUUUUUUUUUUUUUUUCCUUUUAAUUAUACUUAUGACUCUGCUUUUGGAUGUUGCAGCAGUUUGGCUGGGUUUUUUUCUUAUAAGACCAGACAUCUGUGGCUACUAAUAUUCUUAGUCUUUUUAAAUUGAACCUUUAAUGUGUUCUGAGGCAAAGUGAGUCCAUAAGACAAAUACUAUGAAAUGUAUAAUGUGUAAAACACCAAAACAAAAUAGCUUUGUAUUCAAAACAACUUUAAUAAAUGAUAUUUUAUAA